GAGCAUGCCACGGGUCGUGCAUUACUGCGAGAUCGAUAUCCAGCAUGCGACCUUCGCUCCGACCCAGUUUCUUGUGCGGGAAUGCUACGCGAGUGGGCCAGGUGAGCCGCCAGCCGCCUGGGACGGCUGAUCAGCAAGCGACUGACGCGACAGCAAUCGGCAGUCUAGCAGGCACCGGUCAAACGGACGGAAACUGCACCCUGCAUGAUGGCCCUGUUGGCUUUGGUGCUAGUGCAGGCCGGAAGCGGUUUGAUUCGUGUAAUGCAUCUCAUCCGUAUGCUACGAUCCCGCGCUGGCCGUUCCUACGACGCCUACGGCUCCUUCAUGGCUAUACACAUGGCGUCAUUGCACUGUUUCCCAAGCUGCCGAUCUACAGCAACGACAAUUGCUACCAGCUGCAGGCCCUGCAUCACCUCGGCGCUCGAGCCCCGUCUGCUGCUGAUGCGUGUCAUGAAAGAUUGGACCAUCUGCUGGCGGACAUUUUGCGAUGCUGCGGCUAUGUGAAGGUGUUGCAGCGCGUUGGCCGGUUUUCCUACGACGAGGAUUCCAGCUGGCACUUGGCGUACCGGCGCGCUACUGCGAACCUAUCUCCCCAGCGUUCCGUCCAAUCCGUUGAACGAACUACUCGGACCGGAUCGACGAUGUGGUCCGGAUUAGGACAUGCGCAUGAAAUCGCUGCUGCUGCUUCUGCCGCAGGUGUACGAGUAUAUUAUGCUGGAUCGCCUACACGCGCUUCCAAUCUUCCUAGACCUCGACAAGAGACCGAUGAUGCUUGGCAGUUGCGGCUGUUUGUCGCCAUCCAGGCACAACCGGAUGUCGUGACACAGCAUCCGACCGACGGUGAGCGGUUCCUGCUGCUCGAUGACGACCGUAUGCUCGCCUCGACCCUCGUCCAGAUCGAGAGCGCGUAUGAGCGGUUGUGCGCCCAGUUCGCACACCGAGCUAUAUUUCUUCUAGCUAUUUUAAUAUUAGCGCAGAGCUGA